GUCUAGCUCCAAACAUGGCCCGAUGUAACAUAUCAAUAUGCGUUUCUGCUAUCGUUCUUCUUGUGGUCCUAACAAAAGUUUCUCUCGGUGUGAACCAAGGCACGUCUCCAGUUUCUAGCGCAAAUGUCCCUCCGCCACCUAUUCUCAACGAGGAUGAGGCAAGAAAUAAAUUCUGUCAAUCGCAAGAGCCAGAACCAAAACUGACGGUGGUUCGCUUCUUGGAUCUUGAAUGCUGCGAUAAAGGAACAAAAAACAAAAAAAAUGGACUUUUGUUUUUGUACAAUAUUCUGGUUUUAAAUAUAGAACUGGACAAAUGUGAUGAUACCAUUAAGGAUUUUGUCAAGCUGGAGAAUGAUGACACGCUCAAGGUUCAGACCAAAGACAAGUGCAUUGUGUAUAAGAACUAUUACCGCCGUGAACCUGAAACUAAAGACGUUAUUUGCUUAUUUCAGGGGGACCGACGUAGAUCUGAAGAUUCUCCAGUCAAUGGUGCGACUGCCCCCAAUGAACUACUAACGGUGAAUGGAGCAGUAGCAAAAUUCAAUAUCGACGAAAGUAUAUCUAGUAAAUUGCUAACAGACACAAAAAGGACGUACAAGGACUUGGAUUUAAAGAACGAAAGGGUUGAUUUAAGCUACUACCUUUAUUGCUAUGAAUCGAUCAAAACUGGGCUCUUGUUUUAUAAAAACAGGUUUGUUUUGAAGAUGGAUUUGGCUAAAUGUGAUGACAGCCUAUGGAAAUAUGUGAAGCCGGAGAAGAUGGACAAUAGACACGAGAUCAUGGUGCACCACAAAUCCGGGUGUACCAAGUUUACACAAUACUUCUAUGGACUACAUGCCCAAGAUGUCCGUUCCCUUUGACACAGAUUUCAUAUUGGGGUGGACGGGUGACGAUUUGAAACCAUCUCGUUAAUAAACAUGAUUUUAUCACAUGAGUACUUAUAGCUUUAUUCCCGUUCACAGAAUUAC